AUGUCUAUAGCACUGGUAGUGUCGGUGGUCCUGGUGCUGGGGGGCCUUGGAGGGACCGCCACAUCUGACUUCCAGAUGUUGGAGAAAUCCCUCCACAGGGAUAAAAGUUUGCUGAGCGACCCAGGCGGCAGACACAGUGUGAGGAGACAGCCACACCAACAGAUGAAAACUGAAAGUCGGAAGAGUUUGGGCAUCGACCACCUCAACAUCCACGUGGCUCCCACCACCAGCAGGUUCAGCCUCCCGACCAUCAUCAAGCUCUUCCCGCCCACCGCCAGGCCCCUCCACAUGCACGCCAACAUGCCCCUGCGCUUCGGGAGGGACGGCAACACCGGCGACGGAAACGGACCCAACCUGACCCCGAACCUGCCCCAGAGGUUCGGCAGGGCCCGGGAGGAGCUCCGAGUGUGUGAAAAGUGCCGACAGGUUCGAGAAGCAACCAAUCCGGUGCUGCCUCAAAGGUUUGGGAGGAACAUCCCAAACUGGAGCCUCCUCAGAGCCCUGGCCAGCGAGCAGUUAUCCACCACCGGUCUGCACUGGGCUGAAGAUUUUGACUUCACAUCCAGCUCAGAAGAAAACAUGGAGAUGCAAGAGAAAAAUUUUUGACGGAAUGAGGGAAUCCCUACA